AGGAAAUGAAGGGUGUCUUUUUAAUUUGAAGUUAGUUCUAAAGAAUAAGUGGUUAAGAAUUAGUUUAGAAAUUGACCACAGAUAUGGAAAUGCCAUAUUGGAAAAAUUGAAACAAAUAAUACCUUUAAUUAAACGAGAUGAAGGGUGAUAGGAAUGAGUACUCAAGCAGCACAUAAUGGAAGCUGGGUGUGCCAGCCUAAUCGGCAUUACAGAUCCAGAGGCCUUUUCUUUGGUGACAGCCCUUUCUCCUUUGCAGAUUCCGUUCUCCUCGCUCAGCUCUCUCUCUCUUCUCUCCUUACCUCUCUUUUACAAUGCCUUCUCACUCCUUUGGGGGAGAGCUCCUUCAUCUCUCAGAUGCUGGUGGGUCUUGCGCUUGGGCCAUCCUUCUACGGAGGAGACAGCCCAAUUCUGGAGGCGAUAUUUCCAUUCAAAAGCUUCUACGUGAGCGAAACAUUUGCUUACUUUGGGUGCAUGGUGUUCAUGUUUCUUGUUGGGGUUAAAAUGGAUUUGAGCUUAAUCGCAAAAUCAGGGAAAAAGGCGUUGGUGAUCGGAGUGUUGGCAUUUGUAACCCCAAUGGUUUUCAACUUCUUGUUAACUACGUAUUUGAAGAGCAAUGUGGAGAUGGAUGCAAACUUGAAAAACUUCCUCACAACCAUUGGUGCCUUUCAUGCCUCCAGCUCCUUCCAUGUCAUUGCUUGCCUUUUAAGCGACCUCAAACUCCUCAACUCCGACAUCGGCCGCCUCGCCCUCUCUUCCUCCAUGAUCAGCGGCACCCUUAGUUGGAUCGGCCUUGUGGCCAGCUUCACAAUGCGUCAAACUUCGAUGCAGCAACAAGACGUUCUUCCAUGGAUGGCCCUUUGCGUGGUGUGUAUGAUCAUUCUUGUGGUUUAUAUUCUGCGCCCCAUCAUGAUUUGGAUCAUGGAACAGACCAAUCUCUCCGGUAGGCCCAUCAAGGAGACCUACGUUUUAUCUUUGUUCUUGAUGUUGUUGUUCUGUGCUCUCUUUAGUGAGUUCGUGGGCCAACAUUUCAUUCUCGGCCCAAUGAUUCUAGGCCUCGCUGUCCCUGAUGGGCCGCCUCUAGGGUCGGCCUUGGUCGAUAAACUGGACUCCUUUGUUUCCUCCAUUAUGCUGCCAUGCUUCUUUGUGAUCAGUGGGGCCAGAAUGAAUCUCUCCAUGUUUGAUAUGAGGAGCGCUUCCAUUAUUCAUCUCUUGGCCUUCACCGCAUUUAUGGGCAAGCUUAUUGGGACAAUGCUGCCUUCUUUGUACUGUAAAAUGUCAUUGGUUGAUUCUUUGUCCUUGGGACUCAUCAUGAGCGCUCAAGGCAUUGCUGAUAUUCUCGGUCUCCAACAUGGAUUGCUCCUCUAUAUGAUAGAUCAGAGUUCAUACAGCAUGACAGUGGUGGCCAUGAUGGUGAUGACAGGCACAAUAUGCCCAAUAGUGAAAAUAUUAUACAACCCAUCAAAGAGAUACAGAUGCAGUGCGAGGAGGAGGACCAUCGAGCAUACGAGCGCCAACGCAGAGUUACGUCUGUUGCUUUGCAUUCACCACCAAGACGACACUCCCUCCAUAAUCAACAUGCUCGAGCUCUCCAAUCCUACCAUUAAAAGCCCCAUUUGCUUCUACCUAAUCCACCUCCUCCAACUCACCGGCCGAGCCUCCCCCCUCCUCAUCCACCACCAUCAUCUCCGUCAACGUGGCUCCAAACACUACAAGCUCUCCGAUCAAAUCAUUAAAGCCUUCCAAAUCUAUCAGCAAUUCAACUACGACAAGGUUAUAAUGAACGCGUUCACAUCGGUGUCCCCGUAUGCCACCAUGCAUGACGACGUGUGCAUGUUGGCGUUAGAGAAGCGGGUGGCAAUGGUGAUCGUGCCGUUCCACAAGCGGAGGACGAUCAACGGCAUAGUGGAAUCAAUAAAUCCAAUAAGGGGAGUGAACAAGAACAUUUUGUCAAAGGCUCCUUGUUCGGUCGGGAUCUUGAUAGACCGUGAGAUGUUGCCGAGCACGGCGGCAUCAGUGUCGUUGAUGAACAGAGUGGAUUUGUAUAAGGUGGGUAUGAUCUUUGUGGAAGGCCCCGAUGACCGGGAGGCACUGGCGUAUGCCACUCGCAUGGCGGAGCAUCCAAUGGUGGCACUCACGGUGGUUCGAGUGAUCCAGCCGAAGCGAAGCAGCCGGCACCCAGCGGACCAAGACCUGGACGCGGAGAUGAUAAAUGAGUUCAAGUUAAUCAUGGAAACCUCAGUGCUUAAGCACUGCACUUACGAAGAGGAAAUGGCAAGCGAUUGCGUGGGGCUCAUAAACGUGAUAAGAACAAUGGAACACGAUUACGAUAUGAUCUUGGUGGGGCGCCGCCACGACGGCGACUCGGCCCUGUUUGUGGGGUUGCACGAGUGGAACGAGUUUCCUGAACUGGGGUACAUUGGAGACAUGUUGGCAUCCUCGGACUCCACCGGUGCCGUCGCAGUGCUGGUGGUUCAGCAACAGACCAUCGGCGGAGAUCAGGAGUUUUUGGACGAUUUCCGAUGCCUCAUGGAGGAGUCGUUUUCUGUGGACAUAAGGCCCCUCAACCUUCCAACUGCAUGGCCCCAAAACCUUCGGUUAACUGAUCCUUUCCUUUCCUUUUUUUUUUUUUUUUUUUUUUUUCUUUUAAUUAAACGUUUAGAGUCUUUUAGACAGAAUUUCUAAAGCUAGUUAUAGAUAUCUUGUAUUCAUAGAUUUCUCUCACAUUUACCGUUUUCCAUAUCAUG